UGUGCAAGAAAAAGCUUCUCUGGAGGUAGUUGAUGCUACGCAUGCCAUGUGACAUUUAAAGCUGUUUGGCGGUAAAGGUCAAAGCUUUUUGGCGGUAAAGUACUUUUUAGCAACAGCGCGAUACAUCACUGUGAAAAUGGUAUCCACCGCAUCAACGAUAAAUGUACAAACGGAGGAUGAGUUGGACGAAUAUACUCCGGCAAAGUUGAUCAAAGCACUAGAGAAAAAUGGCAUUACAUCCGGGGACAUCAAGAAGUUGCAGGAUGCCGGUUACUAUACCGUUGAGUCGAUAGCAUAUGCGCCAAGAAAGGAUCUCAUAACGAUCAAAGGUAUCAGCGAAGCCAAAGCAGACAAGUUGCUGCAGGAAGCUUCCAAGAUCGUUAUGAUGGGCUUUAAAAGCGCCACAGAGAUACAUGCGACACGUGCAAACAUCGUUUACGUUACCACUGGUUCGAAGGAAUUGGAUAAACUAUUAGGCGGAGGAAUAGAGACUGGCUCUAUUACGGAGAUCUUUGGAGAGUUUAGAUCAGGAAAGUCUCAGUUGUGUCACACUCUUGCUGUAAAUUGUCAGCUACCAAUUUGUAUGGGUGGCGCAGAAGGAAGAUGUCUUUAUAUAGAUACAGAGAAUACUUUUAGACCGGAAAGAUUGGUGGCGGUUGCUGAGAGAUACAAGAUCAGUGGAAAUUCUGUUCUCGACAAUGUCGCUUAUGCCAGAGCUUAUAACACCGAUCAUCAGACACAAUUGUUAGUUCAAGCCAGUGCUAUGAUGACAGAAGCGAGAUAUGCCCUGUUGAUUGUUGAUAGUGCGACUAGUCUCUAUAGAACCGAUUACAGUGGCAGGGGUGAGUUAAAUGCUAGGCAGAUUCAUCUAGCGCGAUUCCUUAGGAUGUUACUGCGACUGGCAGAUGAACAUGGGAUUGCUGUUGUUAUAACAAAUCAAGUAGUUGCACAAGUUGACGGCGCUGCUAGUAUGUUUGGUGGCGAUCAGAAAAAACCAAUUGGUGGUCAUAUCUUAGCACAUUCAAGCACAACAAGAUUGUAUUUGCGUAAAGGCAGAGGAGAAAGUAGGAUAUGCAAGAUAUAUGAUUCUCCCUGUUUACCAGAGAGUGAAGCGACGUUUGCCAUAAACCCAGAUGGUAUAGGUGAUGUACAGGAAUAAACUUGUUCAAUUAAGUAGCAUAAAAACGCAAUAUAUACAGAAUGCGAUUUAUUUUUUUUAUUAAUUCAUUUGACAAAAGUUUUUCUCGCGCGAGUUGAUAUCAUUAUGUAUCUGUUAAAGAGAAGUUAAAAGAGUAAUUGAAGGAAUACAAGACAAUAACAGUUCAAUAGAAAAUUUGAGUCAAUUAUUAAGUUAAUUAGAAUUAAGAAAAAAGUAGAGAUGUACAGUAUGUUUCUUACUG